GCGAUGACUAUGGCGAUGGCGAAGAUUUUGAUGGUGGCAACGGUGGCAAUGCUUGUUGUAGCCCCGGUUUUGGUCCAGGCGCGACAUGGUCCAGCUCCCGAUUGCGGAAUUCCCCGCAGCAGCGAUCCGAGGCUUGAUUCCAGAGAGCCAUCCAUCGCGACGGAGGUCACCGCGACUUUGCAGGAGCAAGCGGCAUCAUCUUCUUCCCCGUGCGACGCCGAUCACCUCUGCAGCCCUCCAAUGUUUGGAACCUCCAAGAGAACGGUUCCCACGGGACCCAAUCCUCUCCACAAUUGAUUCACUGAUCGGCAGUGUACGAGGCGGAAGAACAGGAAGAGUUCCUUGUGUAUAGGCGGAUUGCGUGAUCGCGGGUCUUUUAGGAGGAUUAGUCCUUUUUUUCUACUGGUUCUUCGUGGAGGUGUGAUAGAAAUGUGAUCAUCGCCACUAGCCAGACAAUAAAGUUUCUUCGAUCGAUG